GUAAACCUCUCAGCCUGGGUCGGCCUAGACACCUUUUUCAGUGUAGCGAGGGUGAUACGAAUCCAGCAUUUUAUUUUGGGGGAUAACGGAUCAUUUCGCUCUCUGAUUAACAGCACAGCUCACAGUCAUGACAGACACUAUCACAGCUUUUGAACCGAAUGAGACGGAUCUUGCUGCUGCAACUGACCAAUGUCUAGAGUCAUUUCAAACAUGUCUCGUACGAGCGUCAUCUAUACACCCUCGGGAGCUGUCGAGGAUAGAGGAUCAAGCGGCGAUGUUCUCUUCCUAGACAAGUCGUAUUGGGGCCUUUGCCCCUGGGCAGUCGUCUAUGGAUUAUCGGCUCCAGUACGCUCCUAAAGUUCAGAGCGUCACCUUAGACUUGCUAGAUUCGUUAAACAGCCGCAUUCAAAAAUGCUCGAAUAUCAUUGAUACUCAUAGAAUGAAUCCAGAAAUUAAUAUCUCCAUCUUAAAUGAAGCACUGGAGCGAAUUUUCGCUGAUAUGACAUCGGAAAUUAGUCACCUAAACAAAAUGUCGAACAUAAUUCGGAGAGCUGGCAAGAGAAAUCAACGGUUGAAAGUAAAGAAUUUUCAGAUCAAGAAUGAAGACAAAGAUGCUGAGCGAACACUGCUCGAUAAUUUUAAGCGCCAUAUUGGCGACCGGUUUCCCAUGGUCAGCAACAUUAUCCAACACAGACUUGCUAAGGCGAUGAUUUUUCGACGAAAACGAAUUCUAUACUGGAGAUUUCGCCAUCAAGAAGCUCAGAUUAAUGAUUUAGAAACAGAUCCCAAUAUAUCAGAUACUUCACUAGAGCCUAAACUUGUAGUAUCUUCAGCACAAGUAAGCCUCCAACAAGAAGACAAACAGGAGACCGGAGCAACGGAGCCCGUGAUUUCAUCAUCCCAGAUUCAGAGGGCGACGACUUUAGAACCCGAUAAAUCCAAAAUGUUCGAUAAAAGCCCAUCAGCUGUUUCAACCGUCACUAUUGCCUUAAUCAACGAUGAGACUUUCAAUUUCCCAACCGCUCCCGGGGCCAAUGCUAAACGAAAAUAUGAACAGCUUAAAAAAGAACGCUUGGCUGCCCACAGAACUGUGCUCAAAGAGAUCGAUGAGUUAUACUACAACAAAGAUUCAGCGCUCGGUUCUAGCGUUUCCGCGCAGCUUUCUCGAACCGUGGCGGAGAGAGAGCUUGAAAGGACUUUAGAGACAGAUGUUCAAAUUAUAGGGAAUAUAAUUUGUCCAUAUUGUCUUUGCCCUCUUCCGGCCACGGAGGUAUUUGACCAGCGAAAAUGGCGAAAUCAUGUGAUAAAUGAUCUGGAUCCUUACGUGUGUCUCUUUGAAGAAUGCAAUGAGCCAAACAAGCUCUAUAAGCAUCGCGGGAAAUGGCUUAGUCACAUGCACCAACACAUUCAGCACUGGCGUUGCCCGUCUCAUCGUGAAUUGGAUCCGUUUCUGACCCGUGAGGAGUACAUGCAACACAUGAGAGAAGUUCACAAGAUUAAUUUGGGAGAAAAUAAGCUUCUUCUAUUAGCGAACAGGAGCGCUCGCAAACCUGCCCAGCUCUUCCUGUCCUGCCCUUUAUGCGGUAGAAACGACGCAGAAGUUGAUGGACCCUUGGAGAAUCAUAUAACUGGCCACUUACGAACACUUGCUAUCAAGUCUCUUCCAAUCUACGAAGAUGAUUCUUCAGGCAGCGAACAAAAUUUAGCUAGCCAUUAUAGCUCACCAUUACGGAGCAGGAGUACAACUGAGGACAUUUACAGCGGCGAAGAUACACUUACAUUUGGAAUAGAUCAUGAACAAUCUGAUCUGGCUGAAGUCGAAGACGGAAAUUUUUUGGGCACCAAUCACCAUGAUUUAGGCCCCAGGCGUACAGAUAUGUGGAAUUCCUGGGUGAAAGAUUGGAUAUCCAAUAUGCCCACACUCCAACAACAUUUGCAGCAGACAUCUGAUAAGGAUCCAAUCUUUCAACUUAUGCUUCAAUACGCCAAAGAGAGCGACUCACUCCCUCAAACCUCACAACUACCACCGCAGCAUCUGCAGCAGCCGAUAUCAUGGCGACCACAGAGUCAACAUCCGAGCCUACUAGUACCGAAUAGGAACCUCAACUUCCUGCCCGCCAAUUCUACGGAUGAAAAUCCCCCAUGCAACACUCUUUAUGUUGGCAAUCUGCCUAUUGAUGCAGACGAAGAAGAGCUCAAGGCAAUGUUCUCUAAACAGCGAGGUUAUAAGAGACUUUGCUUUCGGACCAAACAAAACGAGUCCAUGUGCUUUGUUGAGUUUGAAGACAAUUCUUUUGCUGCUAGGGCACUACACGAGUUAUACGGAGAGAAGCUGCAUAAUAGUACCGAGGACGGCAUCCACUUAAGCUACUCCAAGAACCCACUUGGAGUUCGCUCCAGCCAGCCUUCGUCGCGCGCAUCUCAAGCAACCGUGGCUCCUACCAACUUUCCUAGACUCACCUUCGUAGAUGAGAGCGCACUAGACGACCAAAUGCGCAAUUUAGCAAGGUAUGGCGAUGAGAAUACGGAUGAUACCGACUCGAAUGGCGAUAGUGAUUGGGAUAAUCUAUAUAAUAUGGAUUCCCGAACGUCCAGUAGAAUGGGUAGCAUCGUUAGAUCUGGACGCGAUGAGCAGAGUUUCUCUCGUUUUAAACGUACAUGAUUUUGUUAAUCAGACCCCCAGGUAAAUUGAGAGAGUGUGUGUAGCGGGCUGCUUGGUGUUUGUUUAAUUAUAGCGACUGACUUCCAAGCUUGUCUGCGCACCAGUAUGAGGCGUAAUUAGCAAUGUCAAUGUAAUAGCGAAAAAAAGAAAUAUGAAAGAUGAACCAUAUUCUGGAUUGGGCUGAAAACUACAGAAAAGAUGUUACAUAUAUAAUACUUCUAAGCGC